AUGAAAGCUGCUACUGCCGAGUUGAAUAAAGCACCGACAACGAGCAGCUUCGUGAAGACAGAAAUACCAGACGAAGACGUAGCGAGCGCUGGCGUCGCUGCUUCUGAAGAGCUCGCAGCAUCAGUGAUUAGUUCCUGUUAUCCUACAAACAUCAAUACAAACGGUAGCGUCGACAGUGAGCGGACUCAGCGUAAGAGUCGAAGAGAGAAGGAGGCCAUUCGGAAGCGAAUUUACCACCAGAAGAUCAAGGACGAACGGAAUAAUUUGCGGCAAACCGUUCAGGACUUGACACUGAAGCUGGAAGAACUAAAACAAGGCAAACAAUCUACGAACCUUGGGUUCCUCGACUCCGUUUGGAGAGACUUAGCCUUAGAAGAACGUGACAAGCUACUACGAUCCGAAGUCGAACAACGACAGCUCUUAGCCGCAGCGGAGGCGAAAGCAGUUUGCAUAAAGGAGCUCUGCAAACACGUGCCAGCUACAGUGACCAAGGGUAUUUCUUCUCCUACGACGGUCGAUUGCAACGUCUCUAGUCCAGCCGAUCUCCCGACAAUCCCUCCAUUUGACUAUACCAUGUUUCGUGGCCACCUUCGAAGAGUUCAUGAAGCUUACGCUCUAACGGAUAGCGUACUAGACGCGAAAUCAAUGGCUGAUGGAGUCAUCAUGUCAAGUAAACGCCGCGAGAUUGACAACGAAGUUGAAUACUUUGAACUCCGCCAGAAAUACUCCGAGCCGUUUAGCUAUGCCCACACUCAACGAACAAUGUGGGAAUUGGGGAAAAUGCAUCAUCGACAACAAGAUAGACAUGAUUUCAGACGAGUAGCAAGGUCAGAUGACCUGUAUGUGGUCAGGUACCGUGUGACCCAAACUCUAGCGACUGGCUCAACAGUAUCGAUGCUGAAGCGAUAUGUUGCUCAACGUUUUGUGGAGGAGAAUCGUACAGUGUUCGUCUGGAAAACACACACACAGGGGGAAGGAGUUUUUCAAGGAAUGCACUCGGACGAGACAGGGUGGAUCUGUGUUCAACCUGCGACUGAUGCAGAUGUUACCGAAGUUUUAGUUUGUGGUCGUCAAGCCCCCAUGAGGUUUGGAAUCUCGACUUCCACGGAUGUACAGGUUGAGGAGUUCCAUCAAAUGCUGCAAAGCUGUAUCCAUGAGGAUAUGGUUGAGAUAACAAGCGGGUUGGACAAGUUGUUGCUGGAAGACACACUUGCUGGCAAAGGCAUUUGA